AUGGAAAUAUAUUAUGGAUCAUUGAUUGGAAAAGAAUCAGAAAAAGUACUUCAGUUCUUGCUUAGAAGAUCUGUGCCAUCUAUUAUAGUAAAGACCAUUAUAUUCCAGCUCCUGAGUGAAUGUUCAAGAAAGUUGGAUGGAUCAAGCAAAAAGACAGAGGCUCCAGUAAAGGAGAGUUCCCUCCCUGAAUCCUCCCAGACUGUCCAUGGGAGGCUAGAACAGGAGAGAUUGACCCACAGACUACAGAGGGCAUGCAGUCCCAAUCAGGACCUCAACAACUUAGAGGAGAUGAUGGACACCCAGUUCUCAGAUGUUCAGGAGAAGGAGAAACUAAUACCUCAACUUCCUGAGAAUGAGCCAGUAAGAAGACUCUUCCCAGCCCGGGAACCCGCUGUUGCUUUCCGUAAACAAUCUGACCAGACUGUCCCCUCUCCUGUGAAUUUAGAGGAGGAGAAGGCAUUGGAGAGGCAAAAUCGACCCCACCCAUCUUCAUGUUGUCAUGCUUAUCUGAAGAAGAAAGAGAUGACUACAGAGUUUUAGUAGAGAGCCUUGGUGGCAAAAUGUUGGAUGGACAAGAUUUUGACCCAUCCUGUACCCAUUUAGUUACUGGAAACGGUGUCAGAGACAAAUAGGAAGAAGA